AUGAGAUACACAGAGACAUGGAGCGAGGCGGUUAUAAUGACAAUUGAUGGCAAACCUCAAAUGUACCUCAAAAGUACAGAGGAUGGAGUGGUCAAUAGUGACAGUGGGUGGGAACUUGGCAACAGCAAUAGGUUUAAGAAGGUGGAUGUCUAA